UUACUCGCGCCAUUUAUGGACAAGAUGACGGACCGUGAAGUAUCUAAGCGAUUCACGGCGGAAGAGGCACUCACUUUCCUCAGUGACGUUAUAUCCCAGCUCUCCGCGGACACCUGGAAUGCUUCACUUUCUCUGGAAACGGACUUCGGUUGGACUGUGAUACCGGCAGCGUACUGGUCAUGGACACCUCCCGGGUUCGCCGACGCCUGGAGUGGCUAUCAGACUCGACCGUGGUCUUGGACGGAACUUGUCAUAGAUCGGAUCUGUUCUUACCCGAUAGGAUGGCGGGCGGUAUGCUACAUGCGCUCCAUGCUGCGCAGGUAA